CGUCUUCUCGCCGAACACGUCUGGUUACAUCUUCACCGUCGGACACAGGGAGCGGAUGAAGCUCACGAUUUUUCUUCCUCUGCUGGUCGCGUUUCCAGUGCAGGUCCUUGCAUCAUGGGGGGACAGAUCCAAUGACUUUCAAUACUGCCUUCGUCGUUGCGAAACGGCUGACUGCGUCGGCCAGGAACCUGCACCUCUGUUGCUUAGCCUCCGUCUAACACGCUGGAUAUCCUCAGAUAACUGCAAAUAUCACUGCAUGCACGAAAUCACAUCUCGCGAUAUUGCGCUGGGAAAAAAAGUGAAGCAGUAUUACGGCAAGUGGCCGUUCUGGCGUCUUACUCCGGUUUGAUGUCGGCUUUUCAAACACUAUCAGAGAUCCAGGAUAUGCACA